ACUCUACCAUUACAAAAUUUUGCCGUUUGAACAAGCUCAAACAGUCCUCAGUUGUAACAUCGCUAGGAUGGUAGAGCGGGUAUUCAGGCGACCCGAGGUGUCUUGUAGCGAGGCUGGCCACCUUGCACGAUCCUUAUUUUGUAUAACUCCUAUCACAGAAGUUAAAGAACUAAUUAGCACUAGCGAUAGGAACUUUUUUAUCGAGGGAUUUAGUACAGCGUUCCAGGCGAGUGGAAAGUUCGUUUUGAAGAUUUUGAAUUCUAGCGAUAGUUCUAAUGAGGAAUUGAUUUACGCGGAAAAUGCGGCUAUAGAUUAUUUGAGAGAGAGGGGUUAUCCUUGUCCUAUGGUCCUGAAGGCUUGGAACGACAAACGGCUCGCUAAAGCUGAUUUGCCGGUUCGCGGAAGCAUCAAAGAAAAUGGUAAGGACGGUACGGAGCGAUGUAUCAUUCGACUUCUGGAACUGGUCCCUGGGGAAACACUCGCGUCUAUCAGUACAACGAGCAAAAUGCUGUACCAGGUUGGCGAGUUCAUUGGGUCAGUCAGCGGCUCAUUGCAGGGAUUCUCACACCUAGCCAUAGACGCAAGGUACGACAGAUAUGAUCUAAAGAACUUCCAAGACCUAGAGCCCUACGUCUGUCUCCUCCCAAGUCCUAAAGACAGGGUUGUUGUGCGUGAAAUCUUCGCGAGUUUUGCGUCCGAGGUGGUCCCUCUAAUGGAGCAAUUCCGCUAUGGGACACUGCAUAACGACAUGCGCCCGUCAAACAUACUCGGCAUCUACAACGAGCAGGAAGACUCAUUAUCAAUAACCGGAUUAGUAGACUUUGGAGACAUUGCAAGCUCAAUGGUUAUUAACGAGAUUGUCGUUGCUAUGGCAGCGUUUAUGGAAGGCAACUGCAAUAUCGAGGUUAGCGGUUACUUAUUGGCUGGUUACCAGGCACUAUUUCCUGUCCCGGCCGUGGAGUACCGGAUGCUGUAUCUUCUUGUCGCAGCACGCAUGUGUAUGCUUUUCGUCAUUUCCAGUCAAAAUAUGCACAUAAACAAGAACAACAAGUACCUAAAGGAGGUCACGAGGGAUAAUCGGGCUCUGAUGCUUAGAUUUUGGGCGUAUUCGAGAGACGAUGUCGAGAGAGUCUGGAUGAAAUGUCGGAACAAAUUUAUCAAAGUUCUUAGGGACCCACUGUAUGAUAUCUGAGGAAUGUCAGGUUGAACGGAAAAGUGCCCUGAUCAAGGACUAAAAGUAAAGUUCAAAACGUUGGAACCUUUCGACUUUUCCCUAUAAUUUUAUAUAUGACGAGUCGGUAACGAACUCCCCAACCCCUAAAAAAUGAGCAAACAAGCAAUCUUUGGCUAAAAGGCACAGCGAAAUACAAGAAAAAACUGGCCGUGGUGCCCCCUCCCCUCCCCUUACGUAUUGACGCUGGUUUGUCUCUAGUUCGCCUAAAGUAAUUCAAUAAUUUCUUCCAUGCAACUGAGUAUUGAAACGAACACCUGCACCAAGAGUAUCCACGUGAAUACAAGAGUGAUGGCAAAUUCGCCCCCUUUUUUCCAGUUUUGGUGGCAACAACAAACAUAGCAGCUUCCAGUUUUCGACAGAAAACAAGAAAAUAAAUAUAUUGAAAAAAAAUUUAAUUGCCGUCUACAAAACGCUAGUUUGCCAUCUAAAAGAAACCCUCAGAGAUCAACUCCAGACAAGAAAGACUGUAGAAGUAUAUAAAAGAAAGGAAGAAGCAAGAUAAGACCCCUCUCUACCUCUUUUUUUCCCCUCACAUCCUAUGGCUCCGACGCCCUGAGUACGACCAGUUAAAUCAUGUCCUGACUAUAAUAAAUAGCAUUCGCUUUGAUGGUGGAUUAGAGCUGGCUAUCUAUCCUCGGGAUUAGCCUGGCAAGAUCGUUCUAUUUGUGGAAGUGGCAGCUUAUCAUGAUGACUGCAUUGUCUCCGAGCCCUUCCACCGGUAGAAGGGAAAUACGAACUUGUGACGGCAAGAGGUCUUGUAAAGUACGAGACAAAAAAACUUCCAUCUCCACUUCUCGUCGCCUUAAUGCCGACUUGAGGUAAAAUAUCCUCAAUAAGAGCAGAUGGGUUGACAAGAAGCCAUUUUGUAUGGAUAUCCGCUGCAGUUCUUUAAUAAAAGAUGGCAUCACAUCA